AUGUCAUACAAAUCAUCAGCUAACGACGUACCACUUGGUAGCAGACGCAAGUAUGGGAAUAACCCGCCGUUUGAAGAAGAGCGUGGGAGGUCAGAGAAGAGGAUGAGGGAAAUGCCACCACCUGCUCAGCCAGAUCAGCCACGCAAAAGGAAGUCCAGAUGGGGUGAUUCCAAAGAUUCGGGCGCUGUUCUCCCUACAGCAAUUUACAACGCAAACGCAUCACAAAAAUCGUUAGAAUGUUAUGCAGCUCAAAUGAGAAUAGAAGAAAUCAAUCACAAACUCAGAACUGGCAAUAUUGUACCACCAGAAGCUGAGCGUAGCCCUUCACCACCACCAAGUUACGAUAGCUGGGGAAAGCGCGUGAACACUCGCGAUCAAAGAUACAAGUUAAAGCUUGAAAGAGAGCGCAUAAAACUUAUCGAUAAGGUUAUGAAAAUGGACCCAUCUUACAGGCCACCAUCAGAUUACAACCAAGCGAGGCGAUCUACACGUCCAACCGAGAAAGUCUACAUUCCUACACAUGAUUUCCCAGAGGUUAACUUCUUCGGUUUGCUCGUCGGUCCACGUGGUAACUCAUUGAAAUCAAUGGAGAGACAAUCCGGUGCGAAAAUUUCUAUCAGAGGUAAAGGUUCAGUUAAGGAGGGUAAAGGUAGACCAGACAGUAUGGAUGCAUCCAGUGAUGAAGAUUUACAUUGUGUCGUCAGCGCAGAUUCAGAAGAGAAGGUCAGAAAGUGUGUAAGGUUAAUCAACAAGGUUAUUGAAACUGCCGCAUCAACUCCUGAAGGUGAAAAUGACCAUAAGCGUAAUCAACUUAGAGAAUUAGCCUCUUUGAAUGGUACACUUAGAGACGAUGAGGGUCAAAUUUGUCAAAGCUGCGGUGCUGCAGGCCACAGAAGAUGGGAAUGUCCAGAAGGCGAGAACAUCACAACGCAAAUUAAGUGUUCCCUCUGUGGUCAAUCUGGCCACUUGUCAAGCGAUUGUACCGUUAAUCCAGGCCAAGCUGCACAAAUUAAAGGUGCGACAAAUGCACCAGGGUUUGACAGCGAGUAUGCAUCGCUUAUGGCUGAACUUGGUGAAGGGGGUGGUGCCAGCAAGGGUAUGAUCGAGGCUAGCAGUGCUCAGACAGUUCCAGGCUCUCAGAUGUCUUACGUAGAGAAAUGGCAAUCAGAAGGAAAGAAUCUACCACCGUGGCGUAAUCCAGAGAUUUGGGCAAGCGCAAAUGCUCAAACUGGUGGUGGCUAUGGUGGUGCUGUCUCCUACGAUCAGAAUGCAUUCAACCAAGGCUACUCAUACGACCAAUCCUACGGUCAAUACUAUGGAGCCGCUGGCCAAGACGGAUACCAACAGCAGUAUGGCUACACAUGAAAAUCUUAGUUUAAAUGAACUGUAACUAAAAUAAUAAGCUAUUUAAUGUAAUUUUUACUUCUUUUAAAGUAGAUUUACUAU